CAGAUGGUGACUGGCUGUGGAGUUUUCUUUUCUCAAAACUGAACAAAUGAAUGGUUUCUUCUUCCUUUUUUUCUUACCAAGAUUCCAUUCAGAAGCCCAACUUUUUGAGAUUUACUCUCUCGUUUACUCAACUCGAAGACGUCUCGUGGGGGGCGACCACCCUGACUGAGGUUGGAAAAAGCGCCACGGUGCCCGAGGAAGAAGAGGGGGCAGAGCAGACCAGAGCACAGAACAGAGGGGGCACGGGCAGAGAGAGACACGCCACCAUAGGGAAGAAGAAGAGCAGGAGCAAGAAAAAGGAAAAGAGGAUCUGGGGAAGAAAGGAGCAGAGUCAGCAGAUUAUCGAGCGGCGGAUGUAUUUAUGUCGUUCACUCACUGCCUAUUUCCUUUUAACCUCUCGAGAUUAAUCGCGCGUCUAUACGUGUAAUUUCCUCCUCCCCCCCCCCUUUUUUUUUUUUCUGUUACUGUAAGAAGAGCGAGUCUGAGUCUCCGUUCUCGUGGAGAACGGCGGAAAAAGGACAGGAAAUAUAGAACGGAACGAGAAAAAAACAUCUGAAAGGAAGAUAAAUAAACGAAAGAAAGUGCCAGAAACACAAAUCAAGGAAGAAAAAAACAAAAGAAAGAAGGAAAAGGAAAAACAGAAAAAGGAGAGCCAAACAGGAGAAGGGUGGGAAAAUCAGGAGAAGACGCGGUUUUUGGCCGCUGUUAAAGAGAGAGAGAGAGGGGGCUGAGAGAGAGAGAGAGAGAGCGGCGCGUUGUAGAAGAAAUAGCUCGGCACCGCGCUUUUUUUCUUUGCUAAUGCGGCGUCGCCGCUCCAUCCUUAGUUGAAGAGUGGGAGUGUCUUGUAUCUCAUUUCAUUCUCUGUUUCUUCUCCCGGCGAUCUGGGGAGGAGGGGGAUCUGCCAUAUAUGCCUGAGAGGUUCUUGGACUCGUCGUCUUCGACAAAAGGGUUUGACAAGAUUGGGGAUAGGAGGAGAUCGUCGCCUUCGAAAAGGAACCGUCGAGGUUCGUCAAGAUAUCGAGCGUGCGUUUUCCUCGGAGAUUUGUUAUUAAUCAUUAUUAUCUCGUCGUUGGUAUCUGUUUCUUCGAUGCGUUAUGCAUCUGUCGCGUGUAAUGGGCCAGUAACGGCGCGCAUUGGGGACGAACCAUCAGCAGAGAGGAACGAAGACAACAACGGCUUUCAAUAGUUUAAGAAAGGAAGGUUGCCUGCUCUCCUUCUUCUCCUUCUCUGUUCGCAGUGCAGAGUGAAGAGGAACGAAAGAAAUAAACGAAGAGAGAGAGAGAGAACACGGAGGGAGAUGGAGACGGCCAACGGGACGAAGCAGCCAUCAAACAUCUCCGAUAUUGUUCACAAAUUCGCUAAGGUUUGCAGGCUUAGGUCCAUAGGGGUCUUUGCCGAUGAGAACGCCAACGGCAAUGGUAACGCCUUCGAGGACGGCAGCGACACCACUACGGCCGGCUCCAAAGAAACGGACGAGAACGUCCAUCAGAAGGUUCACCCGCAACCUCUGGACGAAGGCCUGUCGUCGUCUGCCACUGCUCGGAGACAUGAAGCCCUGGAAACUCUCAUCUCCAAGCUAUUCGCCAACAUCUCGUCGCUCAAAUCUGCCUACAUACAACUUCAGGCCGCUCACACCCCUUACGACGCCGAUAAGAUCCAGGCGGCCGAUAAACUUGUGAUCGCGGAGCUCAAGAAUCUGUCCGAGCUGAAGCACUCUUACCGCGAGAGCGCCGCCCUCAGCAGCCCGCUUUCGUUUCCGAAGGAUUCGCGGUUGGUCGCUGAGAUCCAGGAGCAGCAGAGCCUGCUCAAGACCUACGAGGUCAUGGUGAAGAAGUUUCAAGCUCAGAUUCAGGCAAAAGAUUCCGAGAUACUCCAACUGAGGCGAGAGUUCGACGAGCUGAACCGAAAGACGGCGAAGCUCGAGAAGAGAUUGAAGCGGAAGGGUUUGUUGCCAGUAGAGGCCGGAGCAGAGGUUGAAGAAGAAGCCAGCAGCACCCUCUUCGCCGUAGAGUUGAACCCAAGCCUCUUCGCAGAGGCAGCAGAAGCGGCCGCGAGGGCUGCCCACGACUUCUCGAAGCCUCUGAUCAACAUGAUGAAGGAAGCUGGUUGGGACCUUGAUGCUGCCGCAAAUGCCAUCGAGCCAGGGGUGGUCUAUGCCAAGCGUGCCCACAAGAAGUUUGCUUUUGAGUCUUAUGUUUGCAGGAGAAUGUUUGGAGGGUUUCAGGAAGAGAGCUUCUCUGUGAAAUCUGAGGGAUACUCUGUCUCAAUAGAUGGAUUUUUUCAUCAGUUCCUCGCCAUAAAGGCAAUGGAUGCUUUGGACGUGGUCAGCGAGAACCCGGACUGUGCAUUCGGGAAGUUUUGCAGAAACAAGUAUCUGGAAGUCGUGCACUCGAAGAUGGAAAUGUCUUUCUUUGGCAAUUUAGAUCAGAGGAAUUAUAUAGCUAAUGGGGGACACCCGAGAACUCCGUUUUACUUGGCUUUCUUGAUGUUGGCAAAGUCAGUGUGGCUUCUGCAUAGACUGGCUUUCUCUUUUGAGCCCAAGGUUGAGAUAUUUCAAGUGAAAAAGGGGGCUGAGUUCUCUGAGGUCUACAUGGAGAGUGUGGUGAAAAAUGUCGUCCCUGCGGAUGAUGAUCGCGAGAAUGGCGUUGGGAAAGUUGGGUUUACUGUGAUGCCUGGUUUUAAGAUUGGGGCAAGUGUGAUCCAGUGUAAGGUCUAUCUAUCGGGAAUGAAGUGUGCCGACUGAGAGUUUUCUUGUUCAUCUCUCACUUUCUCCUUUCUUUCUUCUUCUUUGUUUCUCUGUAAUAUAGUAUUAGAAACUUGAAAAAUGAAAGGAGGUGCUUAUAUAUGUAAGGUAUUUUGUCUUUUGGAUGUCAUAUUACCACGAAUUUGCCAAUUAUAUGUUCUUACC